AUGACGAGCAACCCAAACUUCGAAACCCUAAAGCCAUCGCAGUUCCUCACCUUCACAGUCGCAAACACCCUUAACCACCGCUGCCAUCUCCACACUCCACGAAUCCGCGUCGCCGUACUAGAUUCUCCGAUAGCCGCUGCUGUCGAUGGGCUCCCAAAAAUCGCCGCCAUGAUUGUACCGGAACAGCGGGAAACAGAUUGGAAGUUCUGCACCGAAUCUGGGCAACUUCAGAUCCUAUUCAACUUCCAAGACCUCUCCCGCCUCAUCCUUAUCGGUAAUGAUCUCGCGCUUAAUCCACAGCCCUGCAUUUAUGUUCGCCCUCCGGCUAUUGAUAUCGCUGAUAGAAAGAAACUCCAAAAAGAAUUGCGAUCACUAGUAAUGGCUUUGCAUCCGAAAGUGUGUUUCCAAAACGGUUCGCCAGAAACAGUAUUCUUGAAUUAUGAAGAUGAUUUGGUGUGUCGUGUGAAUAUAGAUAGAUUUUUCGGCACCUUUGUUGGUGAAUUUGUUGUGGAAGAUGUUCAAUUGGGAAGUAAUAACAAGAAAGAACUCCGGAGGAGAUUGAGAUUUAAAAGAAUGCCUAAUUUGAUUCAAUCACAGGUCUCUCUUGUUCCCAUUCUUGAUGAUGGCGAUAGUAAUGCAGAGUUAGACUUGGAAAGUUUGAGGAAAAUGAAGAACGUAAAGUUUGAAGUUGAUACAAGGGUUUUGGUUCACCCAUACUUGAUUCCUAUGGUUUCUGGUCUUUUCUUGAUUGCUUCACAUCUGAAUGAGCGAAUUCAACAGGGGAUUACUCCAAGAGCUUUGUGUUUAGGGGUUGGUGGUGGCGCUUUGUUAGCUUUCUUGAACACUCAACUAGGGUUUGAAGUUGUUGGAGUGGAGGUUGAUGAUGCUGUGUUGAUUGCUGCAAAGCAGUAUUUCGGGUUAAACAAUGACAAUUCUAUUCAACUAAUUACUGGAGAUGCAAUAGAUGUGAUUCAAAACUUUGCAACAAAAGAAGAGGAGACAGAUGAUUCAGAUUCAGAGGUUAAAAUUGGUGGGUUGGAUGCUAAAUUUGAUGUGGUUAUGGUUGAUUUGGAUUCAAGCGAGUUUCAAAAUGGAAGUUGUGCUCCACCUCAAGGAUUUGUUAAGAAAUCUGUUUUUGAUGCUGCAAGAUUGCUUCUUAAUGAUCAUGGUGUUUUUAUCAUGAAUGUGGUUCCUCUGGAUGAAGAGUUCUAUGAGACAUUGAUAGCAGAACUCAAGGAUGCUUUUCACAAAGUAUAUGAAACAGACGUUGAUAAAGAAGAUAAUUUUGUUCUUAUGGCCACUGUAUCACCACCAACUUUCUCCAAUGAUGAUGAUAAUGCUUUCUUGGAGAAAAUGAAAUCUGUGAUUCCUGAAGGUUACAUGGAGAUGGAGUCACUACAUAAAUUGUGA